AUGAAACUCAUCCCAUUCGGGCUCCUAUUUCUGUUUGCCAUGCCGAAGGUAUCGACUGGUCGAAUUGGAAUAAGUGCUUCUAACACCUUUGACUUCGGCGUUGGCCCCAUGUCGAUUUCCGUUCUUGAUCUUGCAGUGAUUUUCGGGUUUCGUCCCCAUGGACGAAGUACCGACUGGCUGGGUGAUUUUCAAGACGAUCCUUUGAAAGAACCAGAAAGGCGAAAGAACCUCGAGACUCUUUCAGGCCAGAUUGGUUCUACCCGGGCCUUUGGUGCUUUUAUGGGUGCUUUCAUGAAUCGGGUGGUGGAUUACCCUCAUAGUGAACAUAUAAUGUUCCUGAUGUAUUGGCUGAAUCGAUUCCUCUUUCCUAGCACUUCUAACUGCAUUAUAAUGGAAUGGCUUCAUCUAGCUGAAGGCUUGGCGUCUUAUUGGGAUAUUGCUACUGGUCCCUUGGUUUUAGGUUCUAUCUAUAGGGCUUUGAGAGAAGCAACCGUUGCUCCCAUCAAUCUUAACGUGAAGGGACUUCUGUGGAUGGUGCAGAUUUGGUUGCAGUGGACCUUCUCGUGA